GUGUGGUGGCAGCCAUUUUAAUUUGGUUGCCUUCUCUCUCGACUGCUCGGAAAUAGCAACCGCUAGAGACACUGACUUUGUGUUAACAAAAGACAGUCGAGGGGAAGAUAGGAGGAUCUGGAGUCUUUUUUUCUGCCUUUCCUUCUAUCACCAAAUCCCGCGUCCUUUUUUUGUAAUUGUUUUGAAAAGCCCAUCCAACUUGACAGUACGCCUGUUUUGGUUUACUAUCCAGACUGUUGUGCAUUUGGCUCACCCCCCUUUCCCUUACCCGGAUUAAAGCACUAAGAUCUUUAAGUGUGUCCACAAGUGUGAGACACACAAGGAAGAACAAAGGCAUAAGGAGGCACACUGAGUGUCGCCAUCAAAGACGGGAAGUAUAAAAGCAGACCGGAAACGAACAUGGCAUCUCGAAAUGACAGAAUCUGAGAAGCAGCCUUUACGAGAACAAGCUCGACAGAGGGAGCAUCUGUCAAGAGAGGUUCAGACACACGAGAAUACCAAGGAAAGGCAUUGAAGGGGCCUUCUUGCUCACAACUUACUUUAAGGACUUGCUGCUUAGUCUUUGGCUUAUGCCAUGAGUUGUAAAGAAGACACUGCAGAGAAGAAGGCAGUCCAUUCAUGGUCUAGAAUUUCAUCAGCGGGAGAAACUGCAUUGCUAGAAGCAUUGAGGGUAUUUAGCCCGAUGUCCAAAGACCUUCUUGACACUGAAACACAGCUGGUAUCAUUUCUUCAAGGUCUAAAAGAGGAGGGCCACAAGGCAACAAUUUUAAGAAGUAAAGACGUUUAUGGUUAUGAGUCCUGCAUGGCUAAGACGCCACCACUAGAGAAGGUCUCUAAGCCUAUAGACACCAGCACCAAAGUUGUAAAGGGGUUAAAGCCAGUGAAAAAGCGUGCCCGAAAAACAUCCAAGAAAAAGGAUAAUGACUGUACUUUGCUAAAUGCAACUGCUGAAAUCAUUCUGAAGAGGCAGCCUAAAAUAAUGUUAACAAACCUUUCGAAGGAGUCCCUCAGACGCACUGUAGCAGUCCUUGCCAGUCAGUCGUCCUCCACAUCUUGCAUCAGAGAUGAUCAAAGAAUGCAGCCCUGCUUGAAGUUAACAAAAAUAGCAGUGCCAACAGGGAGCCCUACAGCCAAGCUACAGAUACAUUCAGAUUUUGGAUCACUAGGAAUUUCCAGGCCUGGUUCCCGUAUUGUACCAGGCGAGCCAUUGGAAAAGGCCCCAAACGGACUGAAACUGGAGAGAACGAGAGUGAACUCCUGCCCAGUUAAAAUGACUGUGAAACUGGUUGGCGGCUCCCCACCAGUAUGUCAGAAUGGAAGAGUGUUGAGGGAAAGCAAUAACUGCAAAACCACGUUAGUGAAAAACUGCAAAGUUUCAAGCACAGCCGCUCCAAUUAGAUCAAAUGUGUGGCGGGCUAAAUCUGUGAAGGUGUUGAAUGGCCAGCAGGAACAUGAUAUCGUAAAGAGGAAACGGCCAGAAGAAUCUGCAGAAACACAUCCAAGAAAAAAGGGCAAAGCUACAGUGAUAACAGAUUAUAGUCAAGAUAAAGCAGACCUAAGCAAAAACAGCCUGAGAUCCAAGGUAAUCAAGGUAGAUGACUCUUCUUCAGAUGAAGACGUUAGACGGAAAGCCCAGAAGAUCUUGAUGGUCAACCUUUCUCCGGUAAUAGAAAUAAGACCUCUGGUAUCGUAUUCCACUUACUGAGACUCCUGGCAGGGGGAACGCUUGUUUUCACAAAUCCCAAUGCAGGCCAGCCUCAGUAUUCAAGCAAAUGACUGGUUAAGGGGAGCCAUCUUGGCUGGAUGUUUGCUUGAGUGUGACUGAGAAUGGCCGUGCAGGGGCAGCAAGAGACUCACUUCAUGUACUUGUGGCAACUGAAAGAGGUUCUUGAAGGCAUAACAGUGGUCUCCAGAAAAGUCUGACUGAACUGCUGGAGGUCAUUUUUGUUGUGUGCAUAAAUAUAUAUAUAUAUAUAUAUUUUUCUCCUUCUAAAACUUAUUCACCCCUGCUACUUUAAAAUGGUGCAGUUUUUGCAUAGAUGUUUAGAAGACUUCACGUGAAGUUAAAAAGUAAACCUUGGACUUUGUAAUAUAUUGCACUGUGAUCUUUUUUUUUUCCUUUUUUGAAUUCCCAUUGUAAAGGAUCAAAAUGUUGAAUGAUAGAUAAGCCAUGUCAUCUUUUUACUAUGCAGUAUCCAUCGAUAAUGUAUUUUUAAUAGGGAGCAGAAAUAUUCUUUUUUUAGGGUAAGAUUUCUAUUCGUAACAAGCUAUAAUUGUUUUUCCUUUCUUUUUAAGGGCGUUCCUUCUGUUGGUGCCAUCUUGGUUGAAAUCCAUAUUUAAGUGUUGUUCAUCUGUUUAAAAUGUGCCUGAAGCAUGGUGGUUAUAUAUUGAACAGUGUCAUGCUAGUUCUGGCCUGUGCUUUCUUCUCUUAGGAUUUCUUUUGAUUUUUUUUUUUGAUUUUUUUAUUAAUUGUGUGGACUCAUAGAACUUAGUUAGCCAUGAUUGAUUUAUUUUAUUUUCCACUACAGCUUAUUCCUUCUGCACAAUGUAGUAUAUUUAUGGCUCUUUAUGAGGUCUAACUGUUAUUACUUAAAUUGCAAAAGGUAGUUUAGUGCAUUUUUCAUCAGGUAAAGCAAGGUUAGUAAUAAUCUUUCUUAAAUGUAUGUAGUUAGCACUUAUUGCUUGAAAAUCAGUUAUAAAUAGUAAAAUGCAAAAUUAGCUUACAGGAGUAGUUCAUUUUUCCAGACAAACAUGCGCAUGCAUUAUCAUUGUAAAGUAAAUGAUGGUUUCCAUCAAAGGCCAAGGCAGUCAAUGUCAUCAAUUUUUUUUUUUAUUUUUUUUUCCAAUUUUGGCCAAAAAGUAAAAGAUAUUUAUUUGGUAAAUGCUGCUGCAAGGAAAUAUUUUUAAAGUGUAUUUUCAAGCUAGAAGUGUUACUUUUCUAUUUGCAUUUUAUUCAUCACCAGUUGUAUUAUAUUGUUUAUGUCCUAAUUUAUUUUAUUUUAUUUUUUGUUAAGAUUUUGUCAAUAAUAUUUGCUUGAGCUUCCCAAUAAAUAAGGUAAUUAUGAUCUGCACUGUUAAAGCAGUAGAAAACUCAACAAGAAAAAAAGUUCUUUAAAGAAUACAUGAGUUUGCUAUCCAAAGACCACUUGUAUUAAUUUAUUUCAUGUUAUGUAUGUGUGUGUGUGUGUGUGUAUAUAAUAUAUAUAUACACACACAGAUACAGUGC